AUGAAUAGAGCAGACGAGCACAAGGUGACAGAGAAACUAAUCUUCUGCUCCCCUGUUCUCUCUUCUCUUCUAUCCCAGGUGCUGAAGAAUCUCCCUCGCAUUGAGGGUCGCCCCGGCGCCUCUCUGCCCCCCUUGGACUUCAAGUCGCUGGAGGAGGGUCUGCGGGCGGCACACAACGAUGAGAUCACCCCCGAAGAUGUGAUGUCAGCAGCCAUGUACCCCAAAGUGUUCCAGGAGUUUAAGGAAUUUACAGCUAACUUUGGUCCAGUGGACUGUCUCAGCACCCGGCUGUUCCUGGACGGACCCAAGAUCGCUGAGGAGUUUGAGAUCGAGUCUCUGCUGGUGUAUGAUCGUCAAUAUCUUUUAGAUCUUCGACAUAAUGUCAGGUUUUUGGAUGCGUUUGAGCAUGGUGGGCAGAAAACUGUGCCCCCGCUACUGGCGGGGAUCCCGACUCACCUGUGCCGGGCCUUGGCCCUGCCUCCUCGGCGGAAGCGUCUCCGUCGUCGAGGCAAACGCGGAGGUCGGCUGGUGAAGCUUAAAACCUGGCUGGCAGGAUCUUCGUCCAUUUCCCGGACAGGACUUGGAUUAAUCCAUCCUUUCGUUGUGACCCAGUGUUUCCUGGACCCCAUCGAUGCCUGCAUUGUACCUGUCAUCGGAUCGUUUGUGGGAUUCCAGCCCCGCCGCCCCGGCCCUCCUCGGCUUUUCCAGCGCGGGGUAAACCACGAUCUUCUGAAGACGCUGCCACGGUCUCGCAGAUCCGCUGAACCGCAGCCCCCGGCGGCCCGCCAGGGUCGGCCUGCGUAA